UCCCCAACUAAAUAACUAUAUAUAAAUACUUACCAAUAAUAUCAACAAACAACGCCGCGUUUUCCCCAAAAUCUUCACACUCAACGACCUAGGGUUUGAACUAAUCCCCAAAUUUCCGAUUUAUUGCAACGAUUAUCCUCCGCAUUUGCAUGAAUCCGAUCUCGCUGUCGCCGGUUUGUGGUUCUCAGCUGCUUAAUUUAUCGCCGGCCGGAAAUGUCGUCACCGAAGGUCAAUCAUUUCUCAGGAAAUGUAGUCGCCGGCCAAUCCGAGUCAACCGAUGUAUCUACGACUAUUGCACCACAAGUAGCAGAUAUAGCUCCCUCAGAAAUUUCACGGGUUAUCGAUUCGUUGAAAAAGAAAGUAGAUGCUGAUCGUUGUGUUUAUAUCAUGAAACGAAUGGAGGAGAAUAGGAUAAAGUUGGCAGAAGUCACUAACAACCAUCACAAGCUGUCAUUAGAAAGAAGAAACCUGACGGCUGCUGGUGUAGAUCAAACUGUUGAUUUGUUGACAAAGCGACAGAAAGAUGCAAUUGAUAUGCAAAAUGGUGUCAAUUCAAACAACGGUGACAGUGACAGCAGUAGCUCUCAGGAAGAUGGACAUGCUUCAGCAAUUCUUUUAGGAUCUAGCAUUGCAGUAAAAAAUGCUGUCAGGCCUAUCAAGCUUCCAGAAAUGAAGAAAUUACCUCCUUAUACAACAUGGAUUUUCUUGGAUAGAAAUCAAAGAAUGACAGAAGACCAGUCUGUAGUAGGUCGAAGGAGAAUUUAUUAUGAUCAAAAUGGGGGUGAAGCAUUAAUUGCCAGCGACAGCGAAGAGGAAACAAUUGAUGAAGAGGAGGAGAAGAAGGAAUUUGUUGACUCUGAAGAUUACAUCAUCCGACUGACCAUAAAACAGCUUGGCUCAUCUGAUACUGUUUUGGAUUUACUGGCUCAACGUCUGUCUAGAAAACCUUCUGAACUCAGGGCAAGAUAUGAAGUUCUUGUUAAUAGAGAAAAUGUUGUGGAAGACUCUAAACCAGAAACCGUUGAGUUCGAUAUGAGUUCAAUAUAUGACAAAGAUCUCGAAGCAGCACUAGACUCAUUUGACAACUUAUUUUGUCGCCGAUGCCUUGUUUUUGACUGUAAAUUACAUGGAUGCUCACAGGACCUUAUAUUUCCUGCCGAAAAGAAUUGUACUUUAAGAAGCAUCGAGGAGGAGAAGGGACCUUGUGGUCCGCAUUGUUAUCGCCGGGUCCAGAAGGUGGAGGGCAAUGCAGUUACAUCUCCUAUGCCACUCAAUAGUGAACACAAAGCAGUACCUUCAUCAAAUGGUAAUGGUGUUCAGUCGUCUAAAAAAAAGUCCAAUGGUCGGUCUCUACUGAGGAAACUGAAGUCUCCUCAGAGUGAAAAUGCUUCAUCAAAUGCUAUAAACUUAUCUGAAAGUAGCGAGUCAGAGACUAGACCAGUUCCAUCACCAAACAAGAAUAAGCUUGUGGAGAAGCGUGGGACCCGUCAAAGAAAUAGCAAACGCAUGGCAGAUCAUGUUAUGGUUGCAAUAAAGAAAAGACAGAAAAAAUUGGCUGCUUCGGAUUCUGAGUCUGUUCCAAGUGGAAGUCUUGGCUCAAGAGAUAUUGGAGUUAAAUCCAAUUCGCUUAAAGAAAAUGAAGAAGCUAGCUCAUCCUCUUUGAAGGUCAAAUCUUCAAGUGCCAAAAGGGGUAGGCGAAAAGAUUCGUUAGUCCCUAGCAGUGAUAAAUCUCUUCACACUGAGGUUCCUGAUUGUUCAUUAAAGGAGAUAACCAGUGCGCAUCCAGUGAUUAACGGUGACGACAAAUGGAAGAAAGAAGAGUUUGUGGAUGAGAGUACAUGUAGACAAGAAGCAAUUGAGUUUAAAUAUUGGAAAACUAUUGAAAAAUCUCUUUUUGAAAAAGGUCUUGAGAUAUUUGGCAGGAACAGCUGUUUAAUAGCUAGGAAUCUUAUGAAUGGCAUGAAGACUUGUGCGGAGGUGUUUUUUGCAAUGAAUUCUUCUGAGAAUAAGUUAUCUUCUUUAAGUGGUGAUGGCAUUAGUUAUCUAGCUGAUGGAUCCAGAAUCGAUAGUAACGAGAAUAUGGGCACUGCAUUAAGAAGAAGAUCUAAAUUUUUACGCAGAAGAGGGAAAGUUCGUCGCUUAAAAUAUUCUUGGAAGUCUGCUGGAUAUCAUUCAAUGAGGAAACGUAUCUCUGAUAAAAAAGAGCUGCCUUGUCGCCAAUACAAUCCAUGUGGCUGUCAAUCUGCAUGUGGAAAGGAGUGUUCUUGCCUUGUGAGCGGGACUUGCUGCGAAAAGUACUGUGGAUGUCCGAAAACAUGCAAAAAUCGUUUUAGAGGAUGUCAUUGUGCUAAAAGCCAGUGUAGAAGUCGUCAAUGCCCAUGUUUUGCUGCUGGUAGAGAAUGUGAUCCAGAUGUGUGCCGGAAUUGCUGGAUUGGGUGUGGUGACGGUACUUUAGGGAUUCCAGGCCAAAGAGGUGAUAAUUAUGAGUGCAGAAAUAUGAAACUUCUUCUCAAGCAACAACAACGGGUUCUACUAGGAAGGUCAGAUGUAUCAGGAUGGGGAGCUUUCUUAAAGAAUAGUGUACCUAAACAUGAAUAUCUGGGUGAGUACACUGGGGAAUUGAUCUCACACCGUGAAGCUGACAAACGAGGAAAGAUCUAUGAUCGUGAAAACUCAUCCUUCCUUUUCAACUUGAAUGACCAAUACGUUCUUGAUGCAUAUCGUAAGGGUGACAAAUUGAAAUUUGCUAAUCAUUCUCCAGUUCCAAAUUGUUAUGCUAAGGUUAUUAUGGUGGCUGGAGAUCAUAGGGUUGGUAUAUUUGCAAAAGAAAGGAUCAAUGCCGGUGAAGAACUCUUUUAUGAUUACCGUUACGAACCAGAUAGGGCUCCUGCUUGGGCAAAGAAGCCCGAGUCUGGUGGUUCGAAGAAAGAGGAUGCGGCUCCUUCCAGUGGCCGUGCAAAGAAGCUUGCGUAAGAGCGAGAUACUAAUUCCUACAUCAUUAACUCAACAGCCUUUUUGGCAAUUCUUUACCAUUCAUAGGUAAUUCUUUUGUUUAGUCCCCUGGGGUCGUCAUCUCCCAUGAGAAUUUAUUUUCUAUAGAUGAGUUUUACUUGCACACAUCCAAGAUAGGGGGGAAAUUUGUUGUACACAUGCAAAAUGGUGCACAUGUAUCUUUUGCAUCAGAAAUUUACAUGUGAGCUGCAUUUUGUUGACAUGACUUUUUACCAACCUGUAAUUUGGUUAACCAUUUGUAUUUUGUAGAAAUGCACAUGCAAUUUGUUUCACUAACUUUGUCAUCAGGUUGGAGUAUUCAACAUUGUUUAUUUUGUAACCAUAAAAGAAUUAAAGAGCGA